AUGGAUAGCCAAAAGAAUCAUUUGCGGCAUGUUAUGCUUCAUUGCUUUAAAAAAGGUAGUAGCGCAAAGGACACUGCAGAUGAGAUUUGCACAGUUUAUGGAAGUGGUACUACGACUAUUAGAACCGUCCGCAAUUGGUUUAAGAAAUUUAGAGCUGGCAAUUUUAAUUUGAGAGAUGAAGACCGCAGCGGCCGCCCAGCAACGACGGAUACGGACCUCAUCAAGACUAUGCUUGCUGAAAAUCCGCGAUAUAGUGUGCGCGAGAUAGUGAAUGCCACUAACAUUCCCAGGACAACGGUACAUAAUCAUUUAAUCAAGAUGGGAUAUGUGAAUCGGUAUGAAGUUUGA